CUGAAACAUUCGUGCUAGAAUCAUGGAGUAAUUGCAAAUUGACGCAGGAAUGUUUACGGUCACAAAAAGUGGUGAACGGUGGAAAUGUGUCAGGAAUACAAGUGCAUCUUUACUUCAAUUUAAAGAUCAUGCGGAUAUCUUUCCACGUCAUUCCGUAUUCAAUAAUAUUAUUUGGAUUCGGAAGUACCAUUGAAGUUAACUGGAAUUGCUGUUUUCCAAACGUCCACAAUAACUAUACAAAUAUAAUUUGCACCGAAAAACAAAGUUUCUGCAGCAAUUGUGUAGAAAAAGAAUCAAAAUUAAAAUUGUUGAAGCGCAUACACAUGAACAAUUGCGGUAUUCGAACGUUGAUGUUCAAUUUUACUCAAUUCGGUCACAUCACCAACCUGGACCUUAUGAACAACUAUAUAGAAUCCGUUUCAGACGAUUCCUUCAAAGGACUCACGAAAUUGAGGAGUCUAAUGCUAUGUUACAAUUCCAUACGUACUUUGGAUGAGAACGCAUUUGCUGAUUUGGAAAGUUUAAUGUAUUUGGAUUUGAACGAAAACGAGUUGAGGGAUUUACCGAAAAACGUAUUUCGAAGAUUGAUUAACUUGACGAACAUCAGCAUCGCUAACAACGAUAUAUCACAUAUUCCUAAAAAUCUGUUUGGAUCGAAUCGAAACAUGACGAUUGUUAAUAUGCAUAAUAAUAAACGUUUGAGUCAGUUACCGCAUUUGUUGUUUGCUAAUUUUCUAAAGUUGAUUAAGGUCGAUGUCAGCAAUUGCAAUUUGACUUAUUUGCCUAAGAAUCUGUUCGAAAACUCGACGAAAUUGCAGACUAUUUAUUUGAAUCAUAAUAAACUGUUUAAGCUGACCGGUUUAUUCGAUAAUCUCCGAUUGGAAAAGUUGGAUUUAUCGCACAAUGAGUUUGAUUUGAGCGAAGCUACGAAACUGUGUGAACUUGCUGAUUCUUUAACUUAUCUCAAUUUGAGUUACAAUGUAAUCGAUGAGUUCUUUUACUGUUCUCGCCAUAUUGAGCAACUGAAUGAGUUUGAUUUAAGUAGUAACGGCAUAACUUACGUUAAGAUAACUCAAUAUUUCUUGUCGAUAAUCGGUAAGGUCCAUGUGUAUCUUGAAGAUAAUCAGAUAACAACCGUAGAUUUGCCGAGCGAUGUUGAGUACGUGGGAAAACAAUUAAUUUUAUAUCUUAAGAGAAACCCUAUAAUUUGCAACUGCAGAAACUACCAAUUAUGUCUGUAUAUUGAUAAUAAGAGCAACGCAAUUGAGAUCAGAGCACCGGCGUUGGAAGGUAACAAUUUGGAGUACUCUAAAGCAACGAAAUGCCCAAAAGUAUGCACUUGCAAUUACUUUUGUCGAAAUAAGGAAUACAUCGUAGAUUGCAGCAACCAAUCGCUCACUUUCUAUCCAGAUUUACUAAACGUAUUUGAUGAAUUCGAGUACGAUUCUUCUGUUGUUAAACUGAACGCAAAUUCAUUAACAGAAGGACCUCCAAGGAUGAAAGGAUACGAAAACGUCAGUCAACUGGAUCUUGCACACAAUGUCAUAGAUCAGCUAGACUGGAUUCCUGAUAGUUUGAAGAUGUUAAAUUUGGUUCAUAACAAUAUGACGUCGAUGGAUACAAACAUCAUCACAAGGAUGGAUGGAAUCAACGUUUCGCUUCACGAUAAUCCUUGGAACUGCGUCUGCGAUAUGUCAAGUUUCAUCAAAUUCGUGAAAGAAAGAAAUAUGGAAAAUAAGGACAAAAUUACUUGCGUUCAGAAUAAUUCUCUUGUAAUUUUAAUUGAAAUCAGUGAUAUCUGCUCUCCGGAUAGCAACAAUUAUUACAUGACGUUCUUGCUAGUAAUAUUGCCGAUUACAUUCAUUGUCUUGGUAAUUUAUAUAAAGUACAAAAAGAUCAUUCGCAUAGGGAUGCAUAGGGAGGAAUGCAUUUCUGAUAUUAAUCUGAAUUAUGAGUUGACCUACGAUGCGUUCAUCAGUUAUUCGCACGAGGACGAAAAUUUCGUUUUGAAAGAACUCGUACCUAAAUUGGAGAACAUUUCAAAUCCGUACAAAUUGUGCAUUCAUCAAAGAGAUUGGCUUGCAGGAGAUUGGAUCGUUGAGCAGGUUACGAGAAGCGUGGAGGAUUCUCGAAAGACCAUCAUCGUUCUAUCGCCUAGUUUCUUGGACAGCAAUUGGGGUAUACUAGAGUUUAAUCUCGCUUAUUCUUUAGCUCUGAAGGAGGGAAGCAAUCGGAUUAUUGUUAUCCUGUACAAAGAAAUCGAUAUGAAUUCCAAUAUUGAUAAGGCCAUUUUGGAGUAUCUUCAAAAGAAAACUUACAUAAAAUGGGGAGAAGAGUGGUUCUGGGAUAUCUUGGAGCAUGCGUUAUCCCGUAAUUAGUAUAAAGCAAAACCUCGCACAGUUCGGGUAUUGACGGAAUCGAUUGUCAAAAUCCCGGACUGUUUGAAACCGAACUAAUCGAGAAAGUAAAUGCAUACAUAUAUCGAGAUUUUACUGUAGAAAGGGAAAUAAAUGUGAUACAGUUUUUAGAAUUUUGCUCAAAUAAAACUUAGUUUGGGAAUCCCCACUAUUCAAAGCCAUACAAUACGAUGUAUUGCUGUAUUUGAAUAAUUUGUAAAUAAUUCAUCCUUAUAUUACAUAGGAUUAUCAGUAUUAA